AACCAACUUGCAUUUGUUUUAAAGCGUGUUUAACUACAGAACAAGGCUUGAUGAUUUAUUGUCUUUUUUUUUUUUUCUUUUUUUUUUUUCCCCUGUCGUUUUGCUAUUUUUGUUUGAAUAUUCAUUUGGUUGUUCUUCCAAAAUAAAGCCGUCAUUUACCAUUUCUAGAUUUAGAACAUUGUUCUGUAUUUUGAGGUUUCUUAUAAUGCUUUUUUUUUUUUUUUAUCUUUUAAUUCGGCGCCGAAGGUGUUUUCCUUGAUUUAAUUUUCAGUGUUUAAAUAUUGUAAUACGUUUAAUGAGCCAAAAAUCGAUAUCGGUAGUUGCUCAUUCUAUGUCCAGUCGUAGUAGCGGUGGUUGAAUGACCCCUGUCGCGUGACCGUUAGGCUACUUCAAACAGUCCCCCACUUGACAGUGAACGUUGACUGAAGGCAGCUGAUGUUUGAAGACCUAUUGCACAACUAUCGUUUAAUCGACUAUCAUUUAUUUUAAACACUGCCAUUUACUUUAUAGUACUUGUUCCAUAAAGAGUGUCCCUCCUUACUCCGAAGAGCGAUAUAAAAAUCAGACAGAAAUGACGGAGGCUCAGGCCUUUGUGACUCUGGCCACUACAGAUUCCUAUUGCAUGGGAUGUAUAGUGGUAGGCAAAAGUUUGCGCAGACAUGGAACAUCAAGGAAGUUAGUGGUGAUCAUUUCCCCCAGUGUUUCCAAAGCAGGGAGACUGGCCCUGGAGGACGUGUUUGAUGAAGUUGUCAUGGUAGAUGUGUUGGACAGUAGAGACAAGGCUCAUCUCACCUGGCUGGGACGUCGUGAACUAGGGGUCACUUUCACCAAACUCCACUGCUGGACCCUUACACAGUUCAGCAAAUGUGUGUUCUUGGAUGCAGACACACUUGUACUGUGUAAUGUUGAUGAGCUGUUUGAAUAUGAAGAAUUAUCUGCUGCACCUGAUCCAGGCUGGCCGGAUUGCUUCAACUCUGGGGUAUUUGUGUUUAGGCCCUCCCUGAAUACCCAUAACCAAAUACUGGAACACGCCGCACAGCACGGCAGCUUUGAUGGAGGAGACCAGGGUGUUUUAAACACUUUCUUCAGUGACUGGGCAGUAAAAGAUAUCAGGAAGCAUUUACCAUUUGUGUACAACCUCUCAGCCAGUGCUAUCUACACGUAUCUGCCAGCAUAUCAGCAGUAUGGCCACCAUGCAAAGAUUGUCCACUUCUUGGGUGGGAAAAAGCCCUGGCAUCAAUCCUAUAAUCGACAGGCUGCCAGUGAGUCAUAUUUCAAGGGUUGCAAGAACUUUGAGCAAUUUAUACAUUUAUGGUGGGCGGAGUACUACAGUCAAAUCCAGCUACAAGUUAAGAAGGAUGACAAGAAUGAAGACGAUUCAGUGCAGCAGUUGGAUUCCCCGCAGACACAUCAGACUCCAUCACAAAGCCAAAAGAGCAGCACUGAAGCCCACCACAGAGAGAUGAGACCCUCUUCACCUCUCCAAGAUCUGACUUUGGACUCAUUGACAAUCAGCUCAAUUGAAAAGCCUGAGGAAAUGAAUAUUCUCUUUGAUGUCCUGUCUGGUGGGGAGACUGACGAGACCCCUAUCAGCCUUUCGUCUGAGCAAGAGAGUGAGCAAACUGAACCAGAGACUGCUGAUGAUUCGGCCGUAGACACUGGAGAAGCUAUUGCAACUGAGACAGAGCAGGAAGACUUGGAGCACCGACGCAUGUGGGAGGAAGGUCAUGCUGAUUAUAUGGGCAGAGAUGCCUUCAGCAACAUCAAGAGGAAACUUGACCUAUUCCUUGAUUAAUUGUGUGUGUGUGUGUGUGUGUGUGUGUGUGUGUGUGUGUGUGUGUGUGUGUGUGUGUGUGUGUGUGUGUAUGUGUGUGUGUGUGUGUGACAUAUCAGGACACAAAUUUGUAUAAUG